CUUGAGAGAUGGCCAGCUGUCCUUAAGUUUCCACCUGGCUGCCUCCAAAGGGCAUGGAGAAUGCCUCAGGAUCAUGUUGGCUCACGGUGCAGAUGUAGCAUCACAGGAUGGAACAGGCCACAGUGCUUUGCAUCUUGCUGCCAAGAACAGCCACCCAGAUUGUAUCAAGAGGCUCCUUCAGGCUAAAUGUCCAUCCGAUAGCACAGAUAACUCUGGAAAAACAGCUUUACACUAUGCAGCUGCAUGUGGCUGCCUUCAAGUAGUUCAGCUCUUAUGUGAACACAAAUGUCCAGUUAACAUCAAAGAUGCGGAUGGGAAUAUUCCUUUGUUACUUGCAGUGCAAAAUGAGCACACGGAAGUAGGCAAAUACCUUCUAGAACAUGGAGCAGACAUCAAUUCCAGAGACAAAAAUGGAAGAACUCCUUUGAUGCUGGCAUGUGAAGCUGGAAAUCUCAACAUUGUGGAUGUCCUGAUCCAAAAAGGUGCAGAUGUAAAUUUGGUUGAUGCUCUUGGACACAAUGCCCUACAUUAUUCCAUACUCUCUGAAAAUACCAGUAUUCAGAGUCUUCUUCAGUCAAAAAUUGUUCAAGAUGCUGAUGUCAAGUCACCAGCAAAGCCAAAACAGCAUGAUCAAGUCUCUAGAUUAAGUUCAGAAAGAAGUGGAACUCCAAAAAAACGCAAAGCCCCACCACCACCUCCAGUCAGUCCUAUCCAGUUUAGUGAUCUAUCCUCUCCACAUUCAGCAACUUCAACUCCAGUAUCUGGGAAAGGCCAGCAGUUCUUUGCUGAGCAGGGAUCCAAGCAGGGAGAGAUCAGUGCCAUUCAGUCCGAUUGCAAGGAUGGGAUAAGCGAUAGCACUGCAGGCACUGAUAGUUUAUUGGAUCUAAGUUCAGAAACAGACCAGCAAGACUUGCUUUUACUGCUUCAAGCAAAAAUUGCUUCUUUGACCGUGCAUAACAAGAAACUGCAAGAAAAAUUACAGGCAAGAGGACUCAAAACAGAAGAUGUGGAUACCACACUGGAUUCUUAUCGUUCCACACACACGGAGUUUGAUCAGUCAACAGACAGGCUGAGUGAUAGUUCAGUGGCAGUGGCUCAAGAAAUAAGCUCCCCUUCCCUAAGCUCAACACAGGCUCAGGAAGAAGCAGUGAACAAUGAGGUAAAAAUUAAACAGCUACAAAACAAUUUAAAGGAAGUUCAAAAGAGAUUGGACAGCUCUGAAGCAAAGAGGCGGCACUUGGAGAACCAGCUCCAGUCUGGAGUGGCAGACACAGUUCACUUGUUGAACAGCUCAGAGAUUUCAGAGAAUGGCUCGGACCUUAAUCAGAAACUGAAAGAAACCCAAACCAAGUAUGAAGAAGCAAUGAAGGAGGUCCUGAAUGUCCAGAGGCAAAUGAAGCUGGGCUUGGUGGCUUCAGAGAGCAAAGAAGCUGAUCUGCAAGAACUCAGAGCAACGUGUGAGGAGAUUGAAGUGCUGAAGGAAGAAUUGCAAAAAGUGCAGGAAGAAAGCAAUAAGCUAAGAGAGAGAGUGAGAGAGCUAGAGGAAAAAGUGGAAGAGAAAGAGAGGAAUGGUGUGGGCACUAUGUCAGCAGAAGAGUGUGAAGAGAUGAAAAGUUCCUAUUGCUUAGUUAUUGAGAACAUCAACCAAGAGAAGGCUUUGCUGAUUGAGAGGUACAAGGAGGGACAGGAGGAGAUCAAAAGGCUGCAAGACAAAUUGAAGAGUCAGAUGGAGUCAGGGCAGAGUGAGGAAGAUGUGGAGGUAAGGGAUGCAAAGAACAGGAUGAUAAAUGAGUUGAACAAGCAGGUCAGUGAGCUUUCACAGUUGUAUAAAGAAGCACAAAUAGAACUUGAAGACUACAGGAAAAAGAGUGCUUCAGAAGAUGCCAGCCCAGCAUGCAUACCUCUGGAGGAACAUGAGAAGCUGAUGGAAGUCACUGCCUUACAGAGAGAGCAAGCAGAGGGUGCGCUGAUGGAAAUGAAGGCUCAGUACGCCAAGGUAUUAAACGAAGCAACACAACUGCAAAACUUGGUUGACUCUCAGAAGAAGAACUCUGUUUCCAUCACUGAACAUCUUCAGGUGGUCACUGCUCUCAGAAGCUCAGUAAAGGAAAUGGAAGAAGAAAUAAAUGAGCUCAAAGAGCAGCUUCUUUACAAAGAAACUGAGGUGCAGCGUCUGCAGAAGGAACUAUUAGAAGAAGAAGCAGCUGUGUGUGAAGCCAUGGUGCCCAGGUCGCUCUAUGAAGAGCUUCGGUCCAAGUCAGAAGGGGAAGUCAGCUCCUUGUCAUCCAAGCUGAAGGACUUAAUGAAAGAGAAGGAGAACCUGUGUACAGAUCUGUCACAGCUCAGGAAGGAAAUUUUACAAGUGAAAGGGGAGAAAGAGAAUCUCCGAGCAAUCCUUGAAGCCAAGGAACAGGAGAUCAAGGGACUGCUUCAACAGUACCAUCAAGCACAAGAAGAACUACUUGAAAUGAAAAAGGCUUCUGAAACUUCCUCAAAAAUGGAAGAGGACAAGGAUAAAAAGAUAACUGACAUGUCUAAAGAAGUUAUCAAACUAAAGGAAGCACUGAACAGCCUCUCCCAGCUCUCUUAUGCAACUGGUACACCGAAAAGACAAAGCCAGCAGCUGGAGCUUCUGCAACAGCAAGUCAAGCAGCUACAAAACCAGCUUGCUGAAACAAAGAAACAACACCAGGAUAUUGUAUCUGUUUACAGGACACAUCUGCUCUAUGCUGUGCAGGGCCAAAUGGAUGAAGAUGUCCAGAAAGUGCUUAAACAGAUUUUAACAAUGUGCAAAAGUCAGUCACAAAAAAAAGGUGAAACUGUUUUUGUUGAUCCCUGAUGGUGCUGCUGUAGAGCUUGAGUCUCGCCUUAAAAUGAAAUUGGAUUGGCAGCCCCUUGCAGGGAAUCGCCAUGGGUCUUGGCCACAUUUCCUAUUUCAAUUUUAUGUCUUAUGAGCUAAUGCAUUGUUGUGUCUUCCCUUACCCUAGUAUUUCCCAGAGUGCUGUUUAUGUGUCAUAGACACGGAUGCACGAUUCUCCAGAAGUUACAAUUACUUUAAAUCAGGGGUGGUUAAAGUCUGACCUGCAGUAUUAAAGAGUAUUUCAGUGCUUCCUUUGGUUUUAACACCUUGGUGCAAACCAUGGAAGUCCCAGAAUGGAGUGGAAAGAAAUAUUUGAACCAUUUGGUGAUGAAAAAUUUUUAGUUCCUUGUUAAGAAAGAGGGAGAAGCAGCCUUAUAUGAUGUUAAGACCCUCAUGCAUCCCUUAUAAUUGUAGGUUCAACUGUUGGUUAUAAAACCUUUUGGCCUUGUUAAAUAAAAGGAAGAAAAGCCAGCAUCAUCCGACAAAGCCACUAAUUGGCUAAACACAACUAUGCUGCCUUUUAGAAUAUAUCUAGAACACCAGAUCAGUGAUAUGUACUAAUCACAUAACAUAAAGCAUAGCCAUGUACUAAAGCAGGUAAAUGGAUUCUGAACACAGCUAACUCUGGUACAACCUCAAUUUCUUUAUCAAGUGGUAGGUCAAGCUAUCUAUGCAAAUCUUUGCAGUGCUAUUUAUUGGCCAUGGAGCUCAGGAGGAAGAAAAAAAACCAUGUUCCAAAUGAUAAACAAGGGAUCUGAAUGAACUCAUGAUGUUUACAGUGAGCACUGUUUGUCUCACAAUUCUGAACCUCACUUUUGUAACAGAUCUUCUCUACAAUAUAUUUUUACUGGCCCUCAAAUUUAGAAAACUUUUUUUUUGUAACUAAAGCCAUUUGCUAUGUAACACUGGGGUUUUUUCCUUUUAUUAUUUUGCAAUUAGCUUCAAUAAAGAAAGAUUUAGGCAAUUGCCCUUUUCUCUUUCUCACUUAGCCCUGCUCCAUUGUAAAAUGCAGUGGAAGUAUCCUUCAAAAAGGUUAUAUUGAAAUAGAUUUGUCCAUACAUCCUGGAAUAAAAAAGGAUGAUUAAG